UCAGCAUCCGCUUCUUUUCGUGUCUCUCUUUUUGCACUCAGCAAGCGUGAAAACGACAUGGGUUUCCAGAAUAUUUGGUACUCUCACCCGAGAAAAUACGGCCAAGGAUCGAGAUCCUGCCGUGCCUGUGCUAACAAACACGGUCUCAUCCGUAAAUAUGGUCUGAACAUCUGUCGUCAGUGCUUCAGGGAAUAUGCAGCUGACAUUGGUUUCAAGAAGGUAAUUAAUUUGAAAUGAAUCGUUGAAUAAUUC